AUGAUAAUAGAAAGCAAAAGCGACGACACGAAUGAGGUAGAAAUACAAGCUAAAGUCGAGAGUAAUUUCGAGGACCACCCCAGCGACAUGAUGAUCGUCCUCACCGAUCGCGAGCGUAUAGGUGUUCCCAAACCAUCGUCUGAUCCAACAAUAGAAGAUUUAAAAGCCAUACAGCAACAAGUCAAAGCCCGCAUCAAGACGAUGAUUGCCGAAGACAUUCCGUUCUUUACAAUGGAUGGAAUCCGAAAUGUUCAUGAACAAGUACAAAAAUGUAUGGCGCAAGGCGGUAAAGGAGAUGUUUUCGUGAAAGGUUUGGAUGGAAUCAUUGUUCGAUUUCAGCUGCAUAUUGGAAAGACUUAUGAUUGGGCGGAUUUUACUAGCGUCAAGCCUGUCAUUGAGUAUGCCGCCAUACAACAUCUGACAUCAGAGAAAUGGGUGGAGCAUCUCGAUCCAGAAAUAGCAUUUUGUAACCUCGUGGUCUAUCACAGAGUGAAGCAUCUCGACAAAGAAACGCGCGAAGUUGCUACGGCAAAGGAUGCAUUUAGGCCCAAAGAGGAUGUUGGGCGAGAUUUUGAUAAGAGUUUACACGAGUGGAUGGCAAGUGAGCAGUGCAGACAACUGCGGAAUCUGGAUAUACUACGACAGAAUGCAGGCAGGAUAAGGAAGAUUGUCGCGUUUGCAUGUGGAUCAAUUACACAUUCUGAUGAACGAUCAAAGGGGAGGUCAUCCUACCAGCAUGGCUUGAUUAAGACGUUGCAUGACAUACUCUCUCAGGCUCGACAUGAAGAUGUCAAUCUUACCAGAGAGCAAAAAGAGAAACACAUUCAGUGCUUCAUUCAAGACCCGGCGUAUACGAAUAUCGAUCGCGAGCUUUUCCAGGAUGACUACGGAAUUGCCACUAUACUUGAAAACCCAGAGGGAUUUUUGGAAGUUGAUGACUCGACUGUUGUCCUCUCAUUCUCACCGAAUGUGCCGGUGAGGCAGAUUGUGGUUGAUAUCGCGAAACCAGCUGUUAUGAUAUGGGACAGAAUCUUGGAUGAGGAUGACAGGGAUGUGACGGAUCCGGAUUCACGUCGAAUGAAGAGCGUGAUUGACGGGCUCUAUGACCAGAUCGAGUUUCCGGAAGACAAGGCUCAUUUCGGUGAUAUUGCUAUCUAUGGACGAAGAGCAUGA